UCCAGGGCACAAAUGGAGUAAGUGGGCCUCCGGGAAAACAAGGCAGCCGUGGGUCAAAGGGAAACAAAGGAGCAGAUGGACGUCAAGGCAAACCAGGACCCAGAGGGAACAAGGGUCCCACUGGACAGAGGGGUCACACUGGUCAACCAGGCCCUCCGGGUUUUCUGGGUUCACCAGGACCAGAGGGAGCAGAAGGAAAGCCUGGGUCCGUCAGGUGUGACAGGAGCUGCCGGCAGUAAUGGAGAGAUGGGGUUUCAAGGCGUCAUUGGAAAGACGGGAGCAGACGGACCUUCAGGUUCUCUGGGACCACCAGGAAAACCAGGACCUCCAGGGUCACCAGGACCCUCAGGAGAGAACGGUUUCACAGGGAAGCCUGGUACUGAAGGACCUCAGGGCCCAGUAGGCAUGUAUGGCAUCCAGGGAACCGUGGGCAUGCGUGGACCUCCAGGCUUCACCGGAGAACGGGGGGAGCCAGGUUUACGAGGUUUAACAGGACCUGUCGGAAAACAAGGGCCUAAAGGUCCAGCAGGUUCUCCAGGAGAACGAGGCCCUCAGGGGCCACAGGGUCGACCUGGAGAUGAAGGAACCAAAGGAAUUCCAGGCCCAGUGGGGCCUCCAGGUGUUCCAGGCGCUAAUGGAGCAAAUGGAAAACCUGGACCUCGAGGAAGUGCGGGGCCCCUGGGACCUGAGGGGCCACCAGGGCCAACAGGAAUCCUAGGUCCACAGGGGGACGAGGGGUUGUUAGGAGAAGCAGGGAAAAGAGGAGAGAAGGGAUUACCAGGCCCAGCCGGGGAUACUGGACUCCAAGGACAAGAUGGAGAACAGGGACUUUCUGGCCAAACAGGAAACGAGGGCCCACCAGGACGGAAGGGAGACCAGGGCGACACGGGGCCGUGUGGGAAACCUGGUGCCUCGGGGCCCCCAGGAGAGAGAGGACCUGAGGGCCUCAAAGGCUUACAGGGUCCUGAUGGAGAACUGGGUAAAGAGGGAGACGUUGGACUUCCUGGAGAAGUUGGAGAUCAUGGUGCUAAAGGAGAAAAGGGUCAGGUGGGGCCUCCCGGUCUGUCUGGUCGAGAAGGUUCCUGGGGAGCGAUCGGAGAAAACGGAGAGAGAGGUUUGAAGGGAGAGAAAGGCCACGCUGGACUCUUGGGAGAGCCGGGGCUGAUGGGUAAACUGGGACCUGUAGGUCUGGCAGGUUUAAAGGGAGUCACAAGUCCUCGUGGACCUCUGGGACCAGAUGGUCCUCAGGGACAGAAGGGGGAGUCUGGACCGUUUGGGAUGACUGGUCCUCCUGGGUCAGCAGGACCUCCGGGAAUAAUUGGAGCUCAUGGUGUCAAAGGAGACGCAGGCAGGACGGGACCACCAGGUCCAGUGGGACAGGUUGGACAACAGGGAGAGCUGGGACAUAAGGGGGAACCAGGACCUCAGGGACUGAAGGGAGAUCCAGGUUUUCCUGGUCCACCAGGGGAACAGGGAGAGGAGGGUCUGCAGGGGGUUCAAGGUCCUCCAGCUCUGCCAGGUUUUGAGGGAUCUCCUGGAGAGAUGGGCCCCCAGGGCCCCCCAGGUCCUCCAGGGAAACCUGGAACACAAGGAAGAGCAGGACUUGAGGGCAAACCAGGAGAAAAUGGAGAGAAGGGAGACGACGGCCUGAGUGGAUCACCAGGGAAGCCUGGUCACGUCGGCAGGAGGGGCAAACGUGGGAAAGCUGGAGUCAGAGGAACCAGAGGAGAGAGAGGACCAAAGGGUGAAAAGGGAGACACGGGACAUGUAGGAGUUCACGGGUGGCCUGGUCUCAUCGGAGUCCCUGGAUUACGUGGAGAGUCGGGGGAUCACGGUGAAAAGGGAACAGAGGGUGAGAAAGGCGACAUGGGAUUCCCCGGACCACCCGGAGGUUAUGGCACAAAGGGAAUGCGUGGUUCUGUUGGCUUCACGGGUCCAGAUGGACCAAAGGGAGAGCAGGGGAGUAUUGGUUCUUCAGGGCAGAGGGGAACGCCAGGGAUGCCAGGUCUGCCGGGAUUGUUUGGAUUAAAGGGUUUGAAAGGACACCAGGGACCUCCUGGUCAGCCGGGCAGGAAAGGCCUCCCUGGUCCACCUGGUCUCCCUGGACCUCCAGGAAAGUCUCUGAACUUCACUUUGACGCAACUCAAGGACCUGAUGUACAUGUCCGACAAACCAAACUUCCCUCUGAUCCAGACCGUGCUGGACUCUCUGCAGCAGGAGCUGCGGCUGCUCGUCGAUCCUCCAGAUGGCAGCAAAGAGCGUCCAGCCACCACCUGCCUGGAGCUGUGGCUGUGUCACCCCGAGUACAGCAGCGGGAUGUACUACAUCGAUCCAAACCAGGGCAGCAGCUCUGACGCUCUGCUGGCUUACUGCAUCUUCUCAUCCUCCUCUGCACAGACCUGCCUCUACCCUCGAGACUCUCAGCUUCCCAUCAAAGCCUGGAUGAAGGAGUUUUCAGAGGAAGGAUCCUUCCAGUGGCUCAGUCGCCUGGAGCACGGCUUUCAGUUUGAUUUUCCAGACGCUAACGUCGUCCAGAUGCGCUUCCUGCGGUUACACAGCAGCACCGCGGUCCAGAACGUCACGUACUCGUGUCACCCCGGACACAGGCUGGGCGAGACGGACGUCGACGUCAGGUUUCUCACCGACACCAGGAAGCAGAGUUUCCUCGGAGAGCUGAAGGACUGCGUGCCCGGCGAGGAGGCGGAGUCUGCGGCCCGCGAGUCCGUGUUUGAGUUCGAGGACCUGCAGCUGCUUCCUCUCAGAGACUUGGCUCUAAAAGCUUCAGCGAUCAACGACGUCACGUUCCUGUUUGGCUUCACCAUCGGACCCGUGUGUUUCAGCUAGAGGGGGCGCCAGAGAGGCCAGAGAGGACAUCGUUUCAAAACAUGGACGCCAGAGGGGAAGUUGAAAGGAGUUGAACGCUCCUGUUGUUUGGUGCUGUGUGACUCCGUGUCAGUGAGUGUGUGAGGGCACAGACGCCCCGCGGAACUUUGUUUACAGAGACAUUUAUCUGCUUCUUCUUGCAUUGAAUAAUUUAAAUUUAAAAUGUAAGUUGUUGUUUUUUUUAUCCUUUUAUAUUUGUUUCUAUUUCUUUCCCGUCCUCUGUGCAGAGGUCAGGAUCUUCAGCUGACCUCGACAACAAAAAAGGGAUAAUUCAAGUUUUAUUUUGAAGUACAGGAUCUCACCAUGAUACCACCUGCUAACUCUCCUGCACCAAACCCCACAGAGAAAAGCAGUGAUUUUAACAUCACAGCUCAGGAGUGGUUGAUCCACUGCUGCCUCGGUCACUAAGUUCAAAUGUGUUAUUUUGUGAUUUCAGGGUUAGAAACUCUUUGUUCCGAUUGACCUCAGUGACACAAAGUGUCCACACGAGGCAGCAGCGGACCAGCAGCUCCUGUGUCCCUGUGAGCUUAAAUCAGUGAUUUUCUGAGUGGACUUUGGUGCAGCAGAGUUAAUGUCACACAAACUACAGUUUCAUAAGACAUUUGUGGACUUACGUUGACACAAACUUUAAUUCUGUGUAUGAUUUACCUCCUAUGCACCAAAGAAAAUCCAUCAUUUUACAUCACAGCACAGAGGAGUCGUUAAGUUAAGUUAAGUUAAAAUGUCUUAUUUUUCUCAUUCAGUGUUUAAAAUCCUUUGUUGUGGUUUAAAACUUGAACUACCCCUUUAACAAUGUGUUCUGAUGGGAACACAGCUACUGUCGUCUCAUCGGCCACAGGUGCUUCCACUGCUCUCGUUCUGUGAGUGAGGUGGGUGUUUUGUUUCUCUUUGGUGCUGAUUGAUUAACACGUUUAUUUAAUAACUACAACAAAACAGAAACAAACUGCCGUUAUUUCCACUUUCAUGUCAUUGUAUCUCACAUCUCAGGUAAAAAACACAAACUGUACAAACACACGGACACUGAAGCUGUUGUUCCCGCAACAUUUUGUACUUCUGCAUUCAUUCAUUCAUUAAACGUGACGUGUUCAAGUUAAA